AUGACAGACACCCUUCGCCCACCGUCCCUCCAGGUGCACGUCCCCCAGGACGACGGAGGCGGUCACGACAGCCUUGUCUGGUCCAGCUUGUCCACCCCCACCCUGCGGCGCCGACGGUUUAAGAUGAGACGAAUGAAAAAGCUGCCCAGCGAGCGGGAGCGGCUUGAGAAUGUGCUGCUGCGGCACCCUGGAUCCCGCUCGGCUUCCAAAGAGUACCUUCAGCUGCCCUCCAUCGAAAUCACGCCAUCCAGCGACGAAGACGCGGCCUGGUCGAACAGCUCUACCCCGAGCGCCUCGCCCCGGCGCAAACGAUUCCUGCUUCGCAAGUGGCUGAAGGUGCGAGAGAGGAAGAAGCAAGGCAGUGAGAGCAGCAGUCAGCAGAGUAGUCAACAGAGCAGCCAGCAGAGCAGCCAUGACGACGAUUCCAGCCGCUUCCUGACUCCCUUCAUCCGUGAGGACAGCACCGCCAGUAACUCUAACCGGAGUUCCCCUGCCUGCUCUCCGGUUCUGCGGAAGCGCUGUCGAUCUCCCAUUCUGCAGAACGUCGAGGCGGACACCAUGGUGGAGAAAGGCUCAGAGCAGUCUGACACCUCCAAGUCCCCCUCCACCCCUGAGCAGCUGGUCACUCGCACCUUCUCCGGCCAGUCCACACGCAGCGGGGGCAAGAACUCCAAGUGUCACAAGCGACUUUCCAAAUAUGACAGAUUAAACCUGAUUAAAGUAAGCAUUUCAUGGUACACUGUCCUCAGUCCCACAUACAAGCAGCGUAAUGAAGACUUCAGGAAGCUCUUCAAGCAGUUGCCGGACACAGAGCGUCUUAUUGUGGACUACUCAUGCGCUCUCCAGCGGGACAUUCUCCUGCAGGGCCGCCUCUACCUCUCCGAAAACUGGAUCUGUUUUUACAGCAACAUCUUUCGCUGGGAGACACUGCUUACAGUGCGGCUGAAAGACAUCUGCUCCAUGACGAAAGAGAAAACCGCGCGUCUGAUUCCCAAUGCCAUACAGGUGUGCACAGACACUGAGAAGCACUUUUUCACAUCGUUUGGUGCGAGAGACAGGACCUACAUGAUGAUGUUUAGACUUUGGCAGAAUGCACUGCUGGACAAGCCUCUCUGUCCUAAAGAGCUCUGGCACUUUGUACAUCAGUGCUAUGGAAAUGAGCUGGGCCUCACUAGUGACGAUGAAGACUAUGUGCCGCCUGAUGAUGAUUUCAACACCAUGGGAUACUGUGAGGAGAUCCCAGCAGAGGAGAACGAGGUCAGUAAUGAUAACUCAUCCAAGAGCAGCAGUGAGAACAAGCCAGACAACAGUUCUCCUCCAUCACACAAGAGAUCCAUCACACACUCCACCAUCACCUCCACCACACCUCCCAGCAGCACUGAUACGCCACUGUCUUUUGACAUUGCAGCUGAGGAGUACACAGACUGCCUUCCUGAUGGAGAUCUGCUGCCGCUCCCUCUGCUGGCUGAGGAGAGGAACAGCGAGCCGGCCAGUCCUCUGGAUCCUGUGCCACCACCGGCACUGGACUUCAACGACAAUGAGGAUAUACCCACUGAUCUCAGUGAUUCCUCAGUGACAGAUGAUGAAGGCGAUGAGGUUCAAGCAUUCCACGAGGAUCUGAACGGCCGUCAGUACAUCAACGAGGUGUAUAAAUUCGGUGUUGAUAAGCUGUACACCAUUCUCUUCACUGAGUCCCAGUUCAUGACAGACUUUAUGGAUCAGAGGAGAUUCACAGAUGUGGUGUAUCAGCCUUGGAAGAAGGAAGAUGCUGGAAAUCAGACCAGGGCGAUCAUGUACACAAUUUCCCUGACCAACCCACUGGCUCCUAAAACAGCUACAGUUACUGAGACUCAGACUCUGUAUAAGGCCAGCCAGGAGAGUGAGUGCUACAUCAUCGAUGCAGAAGUCAUCACUCAUGACGUGCCGUACCAUGACUACUUCUACACCAUAAACCGUUACAUGCUCACACGCGUGGCCAAGAACAAGUGUCGGCUGAGGAUUUCUACAGAGUUGAGGUACAGGAAACAGCCAUGGGGGCUGGUGAAGGGCUUCAUUGAGAAGAACUUCUGGAGUGGGCUAGAUGAGAACUUCAAAAGCCUUGAACUGGAGUUAGCAAAGAUGGAGGACGCUCUAAUGGAAAGCCACAGACUGUCUCCUAAUGCUAAAGCAGUGAAGAACUCCACCCUAAGACGGAGAAAAAGACCCCCCGCCCACCUGCGCACAACCCAUCUAGAUGAGACCCUAAGUCCUGUUACCACACCAACAGACAAGGAGGUCAUCCACCGCAUCAAACACGUGGCAGGUUCCACUCAGACAAGACACUUUCCUGAGCACACGCCAGGGGGCGGGAUUUUCUGCAACCUCUCUAAACCACUCCUCAUCAUCAGCUUUGUGAUCUGUAUAAGUCUGGUGCUACUGGUGUUUUUGAAUGUGAUGCUGUUCUAUAAACUCUGGAUGCUGGAGUAUUCUGCACAAAGCCUCACCAGCUUGCAGGGCUUACGCCUACAUGAAAGUAAACUGCCAUCUACACAGAUGGAAUGGGCACAGCUCCUGGAGUCCCAGCAGCGCUACCACGACGCGGAGCUGCAGAAAUGGAGAGGGAUUGUCAAAUCUUCGGUACUCUUAUUGGAUCAGAUGAAGGAUUCCUUACUGAGCCUACAGAAAGGUGUGGGUCUACGAGAUUACAACUCAGGCUCGGACAAGAAGAGAAGUCGAUAUCACUGACACUUACCGUCCAGGCCACCAGGGCGCGCUGUGCAAUGUAGAGCCACUUAUGAAAACAAAAGGCAAAAAACAAAGGGCCCAAAUGUGCGUGUAUGACUAUGCAUACCAAACAAAAGAGACACUUGAUAGAGACCAGAAGAAGAAGAGUUGGACCAGAAACUGCCAUCGGCCAAUCCUAGUGGACAGCAAACCCAUAGGAAGUGGGGCCGUAUCUGUCCCAUGGAAUUGUGGGACAGUUAGAGUCCGAAUGGGCUCAUCGCUGUUCCUGCUUUCUUUCAGGUUCUCUUUCUGAGGAUGUUACUGUCUGCAGAGGAACGUAACGGACCUGAGGAGGAAAAUGAAGCGCAUCCUUUUUUUUUUACCCUUCUCAGCCCUCCUUUCUUUUGAAGUGUUUUUAUUGGUACAAAAAGGAAUCUUUUAGCUUGGUUUUGACCUGUAACGGCACAGCUGCAAUGUCCCUUUUCCCAUUUGUGAGAGCUUUCGGCAGGAAGCAUUAUGAAAUCUAGUUCACUCAUGCUGUAGUAUCAGGGCUGGUUUCCUUGAUAAUCCUGCACUAGAAAGUUUACAUAGCUUCCGCCAAAGGUCCAUUUGCGCUAAGAACAGAGACCUUAGAUUUCUGUGAAGCGUUGACCAUUAUGCUAAAGUGCUUUUGCACCAGAGAAAGAGUGUGAAAAGGGACACCGCAGCCAGGAAGAUGGAUAAAGUUCUUAGUUUUUGAUCACUAAACUAAACCGUGAUAUCUCCUGAUUCAUUUGAAGAUGUAGGAAAAUAUAUGAAUAUGUUUGAAAUAUAUACUUUAUUCAAGAUUUAAUAUAUAUUUCAAUAUAUAGAGAGGUUGUUGCAUAUAUUUAUUGUUAAUUUAUGUACAUAGAACACUUAUCAAAGCUCUAGAAGGAAAGAGUUUAUAAUUAUUAAACUGCGUUUUAUUCAGCGACACGCACAAGCACGUUUGAGACGUGUCCGUGUGAGCGCAUGCGUGUGUCGUUGAUCUGUGUCUAUUUUGGUGAAUGUAAGCGUGUCCGUGUGACGUUUUAAAUCAUUCCACUUGUACAUCUUGUGUCUUCCUCCCAGCACAUGAAGCCAAACUGCCUUUUUCUUGCCCAGAAGCUCAGUCCACUGGGCAUCUGUUUACACAUCCACCUGGCUUCAGAAAGCUGAGAGGUCUAAAAAUGACCAUCUCGGUUUGGCCCAAACCCAUACACACACACACACACACACGCUUUCUCUGCUGUGGCAUCAUUCCUGUUUUUAUUUUGUCUGAGGUGAGAGUUUGGACCGGGAGGCACUGCAGGAAACAGCACUGGACUCACUAACUUCGUGUUUUAAUUUAACCGAUAGCCCAUAUUUUGUCAUUUUAAAUCAGUCAAAUAAAAGAAAAGUUAUGUGAGGUGGUAAUGAUAUUUUUUUUAUUUUAUUUUUUAUAGAGCACAAGUGCUCUAGCCUAAACCAAAUAUAGUAUUUAUAGAUGGUAGAAUUUAUUUAUAUAUAACAUAAAAUGCAACGACCCCCUUUUUAUGCAGACUGAGGUCAAUGUA